AUGUCUUGCUUCAGGGCUGGCAAGGCCUCCGACACGAAAAAACCCAAUGUCCUCCGGCGGCUCGGUUCCGUAGAAGGUUUCCAGUCGGUGCAGCAUCUGCGUGGAUACUACUAUGCAUGUGGAGUGACCUGCCGGUAUGCGAUUCCACGUGCCUCGGGUUCAGACCUCCACCUCCGAGGUUCAACUUUGAGGGACGUCUUCGAGAGGGCCCUUGCUCUAGUCAUCUUACACCAUCCAUUCCUGCAAGCAGGGAUAGCCAAUGAAGGAUCCAGAAAACCCUUGUGGGUGAAACUCAACUCGAUUGAUUUGGGCAAGGAGGUCCAGUGGCAGAGGGUAGAGCCAUCUGAGAAGUACGACGAGGUUGUAUGCCGCAUUCUGGAGAAGAAGCACGACACUCGCUUCCCGGAUUUGGAGAGACGCCCAUCAUGGAGAAUCAUUGUCCUGGAGUCGUCGGAUCUGACUUCGCUGGACGUGUUAUUCGUGUGGAACCAUGCAAUAGCUGAUGGGAUGAGCGGAAAGAUCUUCCAUCAAACCCUGCUUGAGAAACUCAAUGUCGCACCCUCUGAAACAGGUAUUAUCGACCUGAACGAGCAUGUACUUCAACUCCCUAAAUCGCUCCAAUUCACGCCUCCCCUGGAAAAACUCAUCAAAUUCCCUUUGUCGGCUGGCUUCAUAGUGUCUGAGGGCUGGAGAGCCUUUCGUCCGCCGUCUUUAGUCCCGGCCAAUCCUUACGCAGCAUCUUGGGCACCGUUCGAAGUCAGUUCAAACCAAACGCGACUAUGUCUGGUUACGAUCCAAAACACAGAGUUGAAAAACGUGCUUCAAUUGUGUCGCCAUAGAGAAACGACAUUAACCGGUUUACUGCACGGCCUCACUCUCGCCUCCAUGGCCAAACGGAUACCUAAAGAGAAGGCACAGGCUUUUGAGUCUGGUACCCCAAUCGACUUGCGUAGAUUUAUGACUCCAUCUCCAGGAGUUGACUCGGAGUUCAGGCCUGACAGGACCAUUGGAAACUUCGUUACCUAUUUCUCUUCUAGGUUCGACAAGACCAUUGUGGAAAAGCUGCGACAGCAUUUCAUCCAGUCAAAGACCGAUGCCGAUGUGGAUGGAAGUUUUGAGGCCAUAAUAUGGUCUGUGGCAAAAGAGUUCAGGCAUGAUAUUUCUAAAAAGCUUGAAAGGGGACCACGAAAUGACACUGUGGGGUUAGCGAAAUUGGUGACCGAUUGGAGAACUUACAUGAAGGACGAGGCAAAGAAGCCUCGAGCAGUGUCAUGGGAGUUUAGUAACAUUGGCGUGAUUGACGCUACAGUGGCAUCGAGAGAGGAUGCAUCUGAAAAGCAGGAAGACUGGAUCAUCGACCGAGCGCUAUUCUCUCAGAGCUCGGCUGCUCUUGGCCCGGCAAUUGUGUUCAGUCCUAUUGCUGUCAAGGGCAAGGAUUUGGUCAUUUGUUGUAGUUGGCAGAGCAAAGUUGUUGAGGACGCGCUCGUAGAAGGUGUUGCUGCAGAUUUGCAGGCCUGGUUAGAGGACCUCGGGACCGAUGGACAACUGCACGUUGGCCAGAGGGACUGA